AACCAGCCAAUAUGUGUAAUUUAACUCAACAGAAUUAUGAUUUAGAUUGGUACUGCAAAGCUCCAACAACACAUGGAAUUACAUGUCAGGAUUGGAAAAUGGCAUUGGGUGAUAAGAACACCUAUGUUUCAAAGACAGAUAUGGAAUUUAUAAUCACGUACCAGCAUCGGGAGUUACAGCAAACACUUGAACUGCAAGUAGAAGGUGUUAACGAGCUUAUAUCCCUAAAUGACACAUCGUGUCAUAUGUGGCCAAAAGAAGAUUCUUGGAAUACACAUCCUUCCGGAUUUUACUAUAAAGGCAGAUGGCAAAACGUACGUUGUAAAAUAACCAAUAAUGUGCCUAUCCCCAGAUACAAGCGUUGCUUCGCUAACAGACAGCUGUUACUGAUAGGAGAUUCCAAUGUUCGCAUAAUUGGCACGAGAAUCAUCAACGAAAUGGAAUUUAGACUUCUGAAGGGAAAUGCAACUUCCAGUAUUCCGCAGGACAUCCUGGCGUAUGACAAAAACAAUAACAUUACCUUAUCGAUGUUCCCGCAUCAAUUGCCGUACUAUGCUCACAGAUUUGUUGAUAAAACUGUCUUCGUUUCGGCGGCGAAGCGCUUGGAUGAUAUUCCAGCUGGUGACAACCGUAUCAUUCUUAUUCACCUUUGGCUGCAUAUGCUCCGUAGUUCCGUGGAUACGUUCAGGUACCAUGUGCGACAUAUACGACAAGCUAUCGAAAGGCUCAUUCAAAGGUCACCAAAUGUUCACAUUUCUAUCAAGGGGCCACACGCCUACAACUACAAGGAUCAACUACCGGUAGAUUAUAUGGCAUCAUAGCACAUACGAAUAUGGUGGGAAGAAUUCGUCGAUCUCCACGACAAAGUCGUAUUUCUCAAUGAGUGGGACAGAACUGUUGGUAACGAAAACAAUAAUGCUCAUCCAAACUGUGCCAUCGAUCUCAUUUAUAAUUUUUUGGCGCAUGUUUGUGAUCCAUAAGUAUGACCUGCUAGUACGGCCUAUAGAUAUUCCAAGUGAAACGCUAAUCAUCAAGAUUUAGGGUGACGCGUGCCCCUCAUGCUCUAAUCACCGUGGUUCCCGAUGAUAGGUCAAUUAUGCCGAUCGGUCAUCAGGACUCAAUCACGAUGGUUUGCGACCAUUGGCGAAAGUAUAACAUGAUUGGCGAUUUGAAACUGCUCUUGGCGAAAAUGUCGACGGGGGGCUUUGAUUUAAGUUACUGUCGAUAGAAAAUAGAAAACAAAACUUUGGCGAUAACAGUUUCUAGGGCAAUUGUUACAUGUAAAUUUAGCCCCCGGACGCCGCUUGUGUACUACGAUGUCACGACUGAAUCUGAAGGUCAGAAUAUUGGAGCUCUUUUGUGUGGUUUUUUUUUACAAAAUGGUCACCUGUCAACACAUCGACUCCGUCUGAUACCAAAAUCGCCAAUUAUCCAAUUAUGACUAUUUUGUCUAGUUCCGAGGGGUGCUCUGUGGAGAACAAUAGGGUAAGUUAGGGUGAGAAAAGGGUUGUUUUAGUUGGAUUAGAGUAGGUACUGCAGUAAAUCCCGUGAAGUGAUGCGGGCACGGGUGUGUGUUUACAUAAGGGCGCGGGCGGGAUAUUUUUUAACGACUUUCUUUUUUAUUUUGUUAAGCAGUAACUGAUAUAUAAUUGCCAGGGCACUGGAAAUGACAUUGUACAACAUGAAUUGUGUAAUAAUGGCACUCUGAUCGAGACGACAUUUGCCGAAAUUAUAUCUAAGUUGCCGGUAAAAAAAAUGUAUGUGAAAAAUAUUAUGGCAUUUUUGCCAGCAAAUGAUUUUUGUUUAAGAAUUACCAACUGAUAGUAUGAAAAUAAAUAACCUCCAAUUCCUAAAUUAUCAGCCUUUGGUUUUGGUGAAAAUGAUUUGCUCCAAUAUGCAUGUUCAGUUCUCUUAUAUUUAGUUUUUUCGUUUUAACAUACACGAUACGUUAAAACGUAGUGACGCAAAGGGGAGUUAACUCCAGCGUAACUCUUACUUUACAAUACAAUUUAUCUUUUGAAUUUCUCUUUGUAUAUUGUCAUAUAACAUGUACGUUACUUUUUCAAUCUUCAAUGAAUGCAUAUAGGUAUUGUUCUGUUUGUGAAUCUUCGAUUCGGGGGAAAUAAAGAGAAUGAUAAUAACGAUUUAAAUCAAAAUCGUCACUGGGUUAAAGCCAAUAUAAUUAUAUAUACCGCAAAAGUCAUUUAAGAUUAAUAUUAUGUACUCUAAUGAUAACAUUAACAUACAUGUGUACUGCCGCCCUUUUCAUCUGUGGAUUUACUAGUUCGUGAGUCUUCGGAUCUCUCUAACAAUCUUGUUUUUAAAUUUAAUUAUAUGUCAGAAAUAUAAAGCAUUAAUGAAUAAACUACCAUCUGUUGUAACUCAAAUGAAUGUUUUUUGAUAAUAGGUACUGCACAGCCAUGGUCAGUUUCAAGUCUUGGAUACAAAAUAAAAGCAAGGUUUCCUCAUACGGCAUACGUUACAGGGCUAGCUCUGGGUCUUGAUACAGUUUCGCCAAAAUUUAUUAAAAAAAAGAAAGAAGACCCCACCCUUUUAAUUUUCAUUUAUAUAUCCCAUUAUAUGCAUUCUAAUGUAUCCCAUGUAUCUUAGACAGGAAAUGAACUACAGUCGAACCUCGUUAUCUCGAACUCGUUUAACUCGAAGACCCCGUUUAACUCGAAGUGUUUCAUCGGUCCCGGCCUAAACUGUUCUUAAUCUUAGUAAUAAAAACUCUGAUAGUUCGAACUCUGAAAACUCGAAUAACUCGGAUAUCUCGAAGUGAAAUAUCGGUCCCAACAACGUAAAUCCUACAUAAAAAUAUCGCUUACCUCGAAGUUUCUUAAGAUUCACAAGUCGAUCAUAUAUUCUUUAAUUAUUUGAUACAUAUUAGACGCAGUGCUACGGUAAACAUCGUUCUCAUAGAGCAGCUUACGCUCGGUCAUAAUUACUUCGAUUAAACUUAUUGUAUUAAAAUGUGUUUGACUGUAAAAACACUUUGUUCAAAUAAAGAAACAGACUUCAUCAAUGUAGAUUAACAACAAUUAGUACUCACUGCGAGCCCGUAAACAAUUUGAAUGGCAUAUUAUUUACACCAAAGCUGCCGACACAUUCUAACCGGUAAAUGGGUCACUGUGUGCGGUCAUGCGUAAAUAAGCUCCACAGUAAAAAUCACAACCUAGGACUGGUUCGUCGAUUUAUGUUUUUACAGGAGCUUGUAUGGCAGUGACACUGAUAAUUAAUUGAGGGAUUAUAGGAACAAUACGAUAAUUAUUAUUGAGUACGUCGUGUUGAGGAGAUGUCAAGUGUCAUUGGGGUCUAUAAAUGUUGAUAUGUUUCCUGAUUAACUCAUACCCAUUUCGCGUGUACUCAUUAAAAAUAUCAUUUACGUGUACGCUCCAAUACCGUGAUUUGUGUAAAGACCUGCGCACUUUCAUUUCCGCUAUCAGCAUAGCGAGGUCGGAGACAGCAUGUAAGUUUUACAGUAGACGUUCUCCCUGUUUGUAUGUGUGUUUAUUGUAACAUUGAUUUGUAUCAAUUAAUGAAUAUGAUUAUGAAUAAAUUGUUAUUUUUAUUGUAUAUCGUUAUCUUUUGUCAUUUAUCGACUGUUUAUAUAAGUUGUUGAUUUUUCCGACAGUCAACGUAUUGAUAGCCUCAUAUUUGACCAAACACUUUACCAAGCUUUAUGCCAAACAUAUGAACUUGCUUAACUCGAACACUCGGAUAACUCGAAGUUUUCCAGCGAUCCCGUCGACUUCGAGAUAACGAGGUUCGACUGUAUUGAAAUGAAGAAAACGUUCCAUGUUUUAUGACUAUAAAACACUAACACUGCAAAUAAUUCCAACACUUUUUUUUAUUUCUGUGACAUUCACUGGCCUUCUGCAUCCCAAUUGCAAGGAUUUCUACAUUCAAACAGGCUGCUCUGUGUUGCCAAAGUGCCAGGAUGAGAUAUUUCAUCUGUCAAUAUGAAGAAAAAUAUUUCUGAACAUGCAUAUUGGAGCAAAUCAUUUUCACCAAAACCAAAGGCUGAUAAUUAAGGAAUUUACCAUCUCUAUCAAUAUGUUUAUUAUCUCCAUUCUUUUACUUCAUAAUUUUCAGUCAAAAAUCAUUUAUUGGCAAAACUGUCUACAAACAAAAUUGAUCGGCAACUUAAAUACAAUUUUCUUCAAAUUGUCAUCUCGAUCAGCAUGAACAGCAUAAUUCAAGUUGUAUAUGUCAUUUUAUGUGCAUUGGCAAUUUUACAAUUGCUACUGCUUAUCAAAAUUCUUCACGCAAUUUACUGCAGUAAAUCAAAUCCAAUUAAAACAACUCUUUUCAGACCUAACUUACCCUAUUGUUCUCCACAGAGCACCCCUCGAAAUAGGAAUAAUACAACAUCGCUAUAAAUGGAUAAUUGGCCAUUUUGAUAUCAGACGGAGUCGAUGUGUUGACAGGUGACCUUGUAGAAACACAGGAGAGUUCCAAUAUAUGACCUUGCUAUUCAUUGGGUUUUGGAGAUGUGUGAUUGGCACAAUGUGUACCAAAUGAGAAAUAUUUUUUAUCAUUAUAUAUACAACACAUAAAGGAUACUUUUAUUCAGGAAAUG